AUGGCAAUGGUGAAGGAGACUAUCCUGCAGAUUGCUGAGGAGCGCUCAUCUGUACUCAUCAGCCAGAAUCCACUUACUGCCGGCGGCGUAGAAGGCAUAGUAGCCCACCUGUGGCGCGUCCAGGCCUGGCUUGCCUACGUAUAUAUUAGCCUGUUCGAUGGCUCGGUACGUCUGCGUGCAUCUGCAGAGCAGCAGCUCCCGACACUUCGGCUGUGGGUCAUCUGGAUGUGGGAGGCAGUAAGACGCUAUCUAGGAGAAGACGAAUUACUGGACUAUCGUCCAUCUCAAUGGAUUGCUAGAGAGUUUGAAAGCGAAUAUAAUGCCUCCUUAAAGCUGUGGAAGCUAUGGAUCUUGACCGAAAGUGUUCGGCGCACCCAUCUUGUCGUUAACACUAUCGCCAAUAUAUAUGAGACAAUGGCUAAGGGCUGGGUUGGAUGUACCGGAGCCGGUAUGCUUACCGCACGCCGUGGCCUGUGGGAAGCUGAGUCCGCAAUGAAAUGGUCUGAACUAUUGACUGCGAAACCUCUGCUUCUGGUGCCGUCUCUAGAUCCGGUACCUUUGAUCUCACAAUAUGUCGCUGAAGAUCUCGAUGACUUCGUUAAAGUUUUCUGGAAGAUGGUAAUUGGUAGCGAUAAGAUGCAAAGCUGGACUGCCAUGAGUAAUAGAGCAAGCCGAACAUAG